CCAGGCAAGAGUUUCCUGUCUCAGUGUUGGCACCGACACUGCUUCCAGUUUUUUCCAGUUGUCGUCAACAACUAUAAAGGCCCCACGUUUCAGACCAAGCAAGAGGCCUCGUCUUGAGUUGGAGGAAGAGGAUGAGGAAGAUGGGGACACCUCCACAGAGUUGCUAGCUGAGCCCCAUGACUCAGCAUUUAACCCAGACGACUCUGUUGUUACAGAGGAGUCUGAAGAUUCUGAGGCCAGGCCCACGUAUGGUGACACGAAAUACAUUGUUUUCGAGAGCUGCCUUCAAAAGCUUUUUGACACGUGUCCAGUGUGCAAGAGGAACUGUGAUGUCCAGCGACGACGAAAGGGCACUUAUGUGGCAUUCACUCAGCUUUGCCUUAACUGUAACUACUCCAGACAGUGGCAGAGCCAGCCGAUUGUUGGAAGUACCCCUGUUGGCAAUCUUGAAUUAUCAGCAGCCACAUACUUCAGUGGUGCAUCCUUCUUUCAACUGGAAAAGAUAUGCAAGGCCAUGCAGCUCCAAAUUUUCCAAUAUGACACCUUCAGGAGGCAUGCUAGGAGUUUUUUGGAGCCUGCUAUUAUCCACAAGUGGAAGCUGGAUCAGCAAAAUCUGUUGCAGCAGCUACAUCAGCGUGGACAAGCCGUAGUUGGUGGAGACAUGCGAGCAGACUCACCAGGUCACUCGGCAAAGUAUGGUAGCUACUCUCUGAUGAACCUGGAGAGCAACCACAUUGUGGACCUUCAGCUUGUUCAGAGCAAUGAAGUAGGAGGAAGUUACCACAUGGAGAAAGAGGGGCUGAAACGAUGCUUAGAUCUUCUGGAGGCUAACGGCUUGUCAGUGGAAUACAUUUUAACAGACCGUCAUCCACAGAUCCAGAAGUUCCUGAGGGAACGCAAGAUCACCCAGUUCUACGACGUGUGGCACUUUGAAAAAGGUUUGUCCAAGAAACUUGACAAACUGGCACAAAACAAGGACUGUGGGCUGUUAAAGAAGUGGCUGCGCCGCAUAAAGAACCACGUCUACUGGAGCGCCAUGUCUUCAACAUUGGGGCCGGAGAAGGUGGCCAAGUGGGUUUCACUGGUGAACCACCUGCAAAAUGUACACGUACAUGAAGACCCCUUCUUCCCGAGGUGUCUUCAUCCUGUCACAGUGUCACGGGACACAAGUAAAUGGUUCCAACCAGGCUCAAUUGCACUCCACAAAUUAGAAAAAAUCCUUGUCAACAAGAGAGUUGUCCGGGACGUAGAGAAGCUUAGUCAUCAACACCAGACGUCCUCACUGGAGGCCUUCCACAGCUCCAUCCUGCACUUCGCGCCUGAAGAUGUGGUUUUCCCUUUCAUGGGAAUGUUGUGCAGGUUGUACUUGGCGGUCAUGCACUACAAUGAAAAUGCAAACAGGACAACAAACAUCUGCAGGACAAGCGGUCUACAAGGUCGUAUACCCCAAGGCAAAGAAGGGCGAUAGCAUAGCCAAGCCUGUCAAAACAGAGCCAACAUCCAAUUAUGUGGAUGACCUGAUGAGGCUUGUGUUUGAUGAGGUGCUGGAGGACCCAACUCCAUUUGUUGAGGGUUUGAAGAAAAUCCCCAUCCCCAAGGACCUGUCAUCCCAAUAUGAGAGACCUUCCAAGGACGAGGUUAUUGCCCGCCAUGUCUCCCGCUUCAGCCAAGGUGUGGCCGGAAGCCAACGUACCGACCAGUUGGAUCAGGAAACUCCUGGCGUAUCCGGACUACCACACACGACGGGAUGACAACCCUGGCAUACCGGCCUAAAUAGCACCAGCUGACAAAGCUCAGAUAGGAGGGAUGCCGGUUACGCCUGUAAAAGAGAGGACCACACACAAUUACCCUGAAUAUAAAACUAUCUUCUUAUGUAAAA